CACUUUCCGAACUGUAGCCAAAUACCAUUGAUUAUCGAUAAGUGCGCUGUGACAAUUAUCGCAAAUUGCACGCGUUAUCGAAUUUGAAAAGUGCUUGCGAAUUCGCCGCGGGCCGUUUGUCUGGGAGAGUUUUUUUCGCGAAUCUUGUCUGGCUGUGAACUAUGACUGUUACCGCUUUUGCCGCCGCCAUGCACAGACCCUUCUUCAAUGGAUAUUCUGCCAUGCAAGAUAUGAACAGCGGCCAAGGACGUGUCAAUCAGCUGGGCGGCAUGUUCAUCAACGGGCGCCCGCUGCCCAAUAACAUUCGCCUCAAGAUCGUCAAUAUGGCCGCCGAGGGUAUUCGUCCUUGUGUGAUCUCACGACAGCUGCGCGUCUCGCACGGCUGUGUCUCAAAGAUUCUGAAUCGAUAUCAGGAGACCGGUUCCAUACGUCCGGGUGUUAUUGGCGGCUCCAAGCCGCGCAUUGCCACGCCCGAAAUCGAGAAUCGCAUUGAGGAGUACAAGCGCACCAAUCCGGGUAUGUUUUCCUGGGAGAUACGCGAAAAGCUGAUACGCGAGGGCUUCUGUGAUCGCAGCAUGGUGCCCUCCGUGUCGGCCAUAUCGCGCCUGGUGCGGGGUCGCGAUGCGCCCCUUGACAACGAGUCCAAUGCCAAGCCAUCAUCCGGGUCGUGCAGCUCAGAUCCGUGCGGCUCGAACUCGAUGCACAACAACAACAACAACAGCAAACCCUCCGACGAGGAAGUCUCCGAUUGUGAGAGCGAGCCGGGCAUUGCGCUCAAGCGCAAACAACGCCGCUGCCGCACCACCUUCUCGGCAUCACAGCUGGAGGAGCUGGAGCGCGCCUUCGAGCGCACCCAAUAUCCGGACAUCUUCACGCGCGAGGAGUUGGCCCAGCGCACCAAUCUGACCGAGGCGCGUAUCCAGGUGUGGUUCAGCAAUCGUCGCGCCCGCCUGCGCAAACAGCACACCUCCGUUGCCGGCAGCAGCGUCUCCGUGACGCCCGUCUCCUUGCCGCCGAGCAGCAGCAGCGUGACCAGCAGCCACCUGUCGCCGCUGGCCAUGAUGGGCGGCAUGCCGCCGUCACUGGACGCUGUCUAUCAGCAUCAGUACGAUUUCUAUAGCAGCGCCGCGCCGGUGGCCCCGACUUCGAGCAGCAGCAGCUUGUCGCCGCUCUGCAGCAAUUUGUCGCCGCUGAACACGGCGCACAAUACGCCGCCGCCGCCGCUGCCACAUCAUCAUCAGUUUUAUAAUCCCGCCAUGGCCAGCACGGCCAGCUACAUUAUGCCCAGCUCGGUGACCAAUUCGGCCGAGCAGGCGCACUAUGAGAGCCAGUUGGGCUCCGUUUACAGCACUGAAUCUGAGCCGCAUCAGACAAUGCCACGUAAUGCGAGCCCCAAUGAGUCGAUCUCCUCCGGCUUUGGCCAAUUGCCGCCCACGCCCAACAGCCUGUCCGCCGCCGUGGUGGGUGGCGGCUCCGCCUCCUCUGAGACCACGACCUCCCUGACCAAUGUCAGCGGCGGCAGCGAAGAGCUUAGCGCCGCGCUCAAGGUGGAGGCCGCCGAAUUGGCCGCUGCUGCUGCCGUCGCGGCCAGCGUCCAACUGCCGCAACAACAACAGCAACAGCAACAACAACAACAACUCUACAGCAGCUGGAGCGCCAGCAUGCAGAGCAUGCGUCCCAAUGCGCCGCUCUCGCCGGAGGAUUCACUGAACUCCACCAGUUCGACGACCAACGCCUUGGAGGUGUCUGCCGUGUCUGCCGCUCACCAGAUGUUCCAUCCAUAUCAGCAUACGGCCGCACAAUAUGCGCCAUAUCCCACACAAGCAACACACACUGGACACACACAUCCCCAUCCCCAUCCCCAUGCCCAUCAUCCGCAUGCGCAUGCCCCGCAUCCCCAUGCCCAUGCCCAUGCGCAGUAUGGAACGUCGCAUUAUCCGCCCAAUUCGUCGGCGCAUUUUAUGCCGCAAAACUUCAAUGCGGCCGCGGCAGCUGCUGCCGCCUUCUCCUCGCCCAGCAAGAUGAACUAUUCAGCGAUGCCGCCGCAGACGUUCUAUCCCACCUGGUACUGAGCGGGAGGGGUAGCGCAAACAGAAGCUGGAGCUGGAGCUGGAGCGGAAGCGGGAGCAGGUGUUGAGCCACCAUCUCUAACCUUUUCACUGACGUCGCCAAAGAUUCAUGUACACUAGCAUAUAUUCAUCGUGGAGUCGCCGCCACAUGUCAAUCUCUAAGCAUUUACCAAUUACCUAUUUCUCUAGGCAUAAGUUUCGAGUUCUUAAGUUUCCAAAAGUAAAUAUAUAUAUAUAUAUUAAUUUAUAAAAUA